GGGAAGGAGGUGGAGUGGCAGUGGGGAGGUGGGGAGUUGGAAGUUGGAGGUGGAGUAAUCCUGCAGAAUAUGAGCUGCUGUCCACAGCUCUGGGGAUGUAGAUUGAUGAGGUCAUAGUGUUUUCCAGUUACAGAAAAGAAAGUUAAGAGGGAAAAAAAGCCUCUAAGUUGUUUUUCAAGAGAGGCGAAAACACCGAGAAGCCGAAGAAAUGGAGCAACUUGCAAAACUCCUCCUGUGGCAGAUUUUGCUUCAGCAAAGUUCUGUGUGCUCAUAUUCAGUCCCAGCUGAUGCCUCCAACCCAGCCAGCGUGGUGGUGUCUGUGCUGAACAUCAGCGCCGUGCUGGGCUCCCAGGCUGUGCUGCCCUGCAAGAGCCACCGCAUGGUGUGGACCCAGGACCGCCUGAACGACCGGCAGCGCGUGGUGCACUGGGACCUGCUCAGCUCCUACUACGGGGACAGCAGGAUGGAGAGGCUCUGUGACAUGUACUCAGCUGGGGACCAGCGAGUCUACAGCUCCUACAACCAGGGCAGGAUCCUCAUGCCCGAGAACGCGUUUGCAGAUGGGAAUUUCUCGCUGGUGAUCAAAGGUGUUGCAGAGAGUGAUGCAGGCACAUAUUCCUGUAAUCUUCACCAUCACUACUGCCACUUGUACGAAACUGUGAAAAUCCAGCUGGUCAUCGCCAAGAGAGGCGAGGAAGCCAGCGAGUACUGGGACGGCGAGAAGCCGGUGCUGGUGGCUCCGGAGGGCAGCACGGCGACGCUGCCCUGCGUCAACCGCAACCACAUCUGGACGGAGCGGCACAGCGAGGAGGAGCAGCAGGUGGUGCACUGGGACCGGCAGCCCCCCGGCGUCCCCCACGACCGCGCCGACCGCCUGGUGGACCUGUACGCGUCCGGGGAGCGCCGCUCCUACGGGCCCCUGUUCCUGCGGCAGAAGAUGAACGUCACCCGCAGCGCCUUCGCCCUCGGGGACUUCUCGCUGCUCAUCUCCCACCUGGAGAGCGCCGAUGAGGGCACCUACUCCUGCCACCUGCACCACCACUACUGCGGCCUGCACGAGCGCAGGAUCUACCACUUGUCCGUGACGGAGCCGGCCAGGGAGAGGAAGGUGGUGAACCUCACCACGCACAGCGUGGCUCCGGCUGCAGAUCCAAACGUGGUCAGGGGCCACAAUGUCAUCAAUGUCAUCAUCCCUGAGAGCAGGAUGCACUUUUUCCAGCAGCUGGGCUACAUCCUGGCCACGCUGCUGCUCUUCCUCGUGCUCCUCAUCAUCGUGGUCCUCAUCACCCGCAAGCGCCGGCAGAGAGGUUAUGAAUACAAUGUGAAGAAAUAUGGAGAGAAGGAUGUGAAUCUUAAAGAAUUUACAGUGGACACGACAGAUCUGACCCCACACAAAAGUGAAGACGUCAGGCUGGAUUACAAAAACAACAUCCUGAAGGAGAAGGCUGAGCAAGCCAGAAGCUUCCCAGCAAAGAACAUUGAUUUAGACAAAGAUUUCAGGAAGGAAUAUUGUAAAUGAAGACAUUCCCAAGCUGCUGGCUGGACCAGAAGCUUCCAUCCAAGAUAGAUAACGUGGAAGAGAGAUGCCUUUUCUUAAUUCCAUCUCCCUCCAGCUCCCCUCGAGUUUUUGUCACAUUGACUUUUCCCCCACACAAGGGUGCAAAUGCUUCUUGAAAGAGUUAAACUGUCUUGUGUGCAUUUAUGGGGUUGGGUUGCCUUUUCCUCCUCUGUUCUCCCAAUCCUCCCUUCCCCUUUUCUUUCUUGACAAUUACUGUUGGUUUUUAUGCAUCAAUGAUUUUUAUGAGCUGAAUCAGCAGACAUUUUGCUUUGAUGUUAUUGCUUUAAAUAAAACCACCUGCAUCGCUAAUCCCGAGCCAUCGUUACACCAGGCAUUUUUCCACGUAGUGAAUCCAUCAGAAUAGCAAUGGCAAAGGCUGAUCCCACUCCUAGGCUGCCAUAAAUCAGUGUCACACAGCACUUUGUGUGUUCCAGGUGAAGCACAGAGAGCACAGCCCUCACAAAUGGCAGUGGAAAACCUCGUUUUAUCAAUGGGAAAAUGUCAGUAUCCUCAUUUUACAGGGAAAGGGAAGCACACCAAUGGCUGAGGGCUCAGCUCAGAGCUGAAAUCUGUUUCUCACCCUGUGUUUGUUGAUUUGUUUCUGUUUCAGCGCAGCCCAAGUCAGAUUUGGCAGGAGCAGGCAUUUGAUGGAUGGAGUUACAGUGCUGUAAAUGCCAGUCUCAGUUAGAUCAGAACCAGGAAUGUUGUGGAGAGGGCUGAGCUCCUGUGUGGAACCUGGGAUGGGAUUUUCCUGCAGCCCUGGGCUGGAUCCAGGCCACACAGAGCACAUCAAACCAAAGGUAUGACCCCAGCACAGGGAGGUGGUUAAAGGGAGCAGUUCCAUGAGGAACAGGAGUAACAACAGGAAUUUUCAUGGGCCAGGGGCUCAGAGAGGGAGGCCAGGAGCAGGAUGAGUCCAUUUCCAUGGAUUUUGAGUGGACUCAUGAUGCUGUGGGCUGAAGGGGGGUUCUACCUAUGAACAGUGUCAGGUGGGGCUGCCAAAAUAUUGGAAGUAAUUCAGUGUUGUAUUCCAAGCAAGUCAAAACUUCAGGAAAGCUGCAGAAUAUUACCAGUGCUUGGGGCAUGGAAGGAAAGGUCUUUCCUGCUGUUGUGAGAGGGGUGACAGGGACCUGGGUGAGGGUGGCCAAGGAGGGAGUGGCAGACGGGGGAUUUGUGUGAGUGGAGCUGGGGCAGCAUCUCCAGGACCCAGCCCUGCCCCUUUCUUGCCACCUUGGGUGUCUUGUCUGACUGAUGCCAAUGUUCUCAGGCAUCCAAAUCCCAUUCCAGACCCCCCAUCCCUCCUCCCACGGGCACCAGGGAUCUGUGCUGGCUGUGGCAGGGCUCAGCAGCACCCAGGGCACUGCACUGGGUGGGAUGGUUCCUCCAAAGCUGAGCUCAGCUCUGCCAAAAACGUGGUGGGUGAGGCCUCCAGAGGAGCUGUGCUGGCCCUUCACAAGGUGGGGUGUCACAACAAUGCACUUUGAAUGAAAAAUGGACCAUUUUUAUAGAUAUUACUAUGUCUGUUAGUGGGGAAUGCCUUAAAGGAUAAUUCUAUUGGGGGCCCUUAUUUUUAAUGCCUUCAAGCAGUGAAAAUAUUAAUAAUAGAACAAAACUAGAGGUGGAGGUGAGCCUUCCUAAGAUGCAGCUGAGCAGAUCCUCAUCUUUUAAUUUCCUAGCCCUUCCACUGCUCUCCACAGGGAUUUUUGUGAUUUGUAAUUAAUUACCUUUAUCCUUACUAAAAAUCCACCCCAAAAAGUGCCCAGGAUUGGUGCAGAGGAAGGUCUGGGGUUGAUCCCAAGCCCCUUUUUGCCCUUCCCCAAAGCAGAGAAGGAUUUUUACCCUGCCCUGAAACCCAGGCUGCAUUCCUGCAGGUGCAGGAGGCUGUGCUGGUUAUUCCAUCAGGGUGGCACAGGCUCAAAUAAUUGUCAUUAAUGUCUCUCUCCCUCCCUUUCAUGUCUGUGAGUCAAAGGUUGGAGAUUUUUCCUUGCCAGCUCCAAAUUGCUCAGCACAGCUCACACAGACACCAGCUCAUAAACUCCAGAGGCAUUUAAAUAUUUUAUCUGACUCCUGGGCUGCAGAAUAGCUUAAGGGGGGGAAAAAAAAUUAAUAUGUUCUCUGAAACAAGGGCUAGGAAGGGCUUUCUGAGUUCCUCAUCCUUUGCUUUGAUCACUGGUUGGGAUUUAUAGCCAGGAAAACCCUCCCUGGUGAAGAUGGGGUGGGAUUAUGGCCCAGGAAAACCCUCCCUGGUGAGGAUGGGGUGGGAUUAUGGCCCUUUUUCCUUCAGGAGAGGAAUGUUGUGUGAUUGGCCUGGAGAUCACCACCGUGGCUUUCACCAGCAGCCACUCUGUAAUUUAGCAAAUUUGAAUUGUGGCUGAGAGAGAGCCAGGCCAGACUGCUGGGUAACCAAGAGAAAAAGGCAUCUGCAGAGUUUAGUUUGUUUAUUCCUUCAUGCACAGGAAUUAAUGAAGGCUGUUUGCCCUCAAAUCCUGGUGAGAAGCCACUGAGGCCCUUCCCACUGCACUUUGCAUCCUGUCAGCCUGUGGCACUGCUGGGAAGUCCAUGGGAAUGAGAGGGUUCCACAUGGAAUUCAUGGGAAUGAGAGGGUUCCACAUGGAAUCCCCCCCUGGGCUGGGGCAGGAGCGCUGCUCCCUGUUCCCUCUCUGCCACAAACUCAGUGCCCUCCCAGAUAAUUUGGUUUUCUCUGUCCUUUUCUCACCUCAGCCUUUCUCUCCCUAAUCUGGGACUUGUCUCUUGUGGAGAAUCCCUUUUUUCAUGUGUGUAGCACUUGGCCUGAGUUGUUUCAAAGUAAUUUUCUCUCUGUGCCAAUGAACUGCUGCACUUUGCUAAACUCCUUUCCCUUCUUUGCCCCAUCACAGUCUCCCUGGCUUCCCGAGACAUGGAUUUGAUAUUCAGUUAGUUAAAAUAAUAAUAAUAAUCCCCAGUAUUUGUACAGCUCCUCAGUGAGAACUUUACCUCGCUGAGGGCAGAGAAAUCAAAGUUUUUUAGGGUAAUAAAUGGGCUGUGAGCUCUUGGUGUGGGACAAGGAAAGGUGCUUGGCAGUGACCUUAAAAAGGGUUAAAACUGAGACUAGGACUAGGACUACAGCCCCCUCUUUCCAGCUCUGUGCACACUCUCCAGACUAAGAACUUCCUCUAUAAAUCUUGGUUUUAUUUCUUUGUUGUAACAGAAUUAAUUCUCAUUAUUAUCGUUGCUUAACUUUUACCAUUCAUCUGUGUAACUCUCCUGACAUUUAAGAAAUAAAGGAGAAUAAAAUGGA